AUGAGCCAGAGUGAAGCCAUGUGGAUCAAGCAUGACGCAGACAGGCUUUUCGCCGUCCACCUAAUCGAUGUGGGUGUUGAGAGUCAAGAACUUUGCCAAGCUGUGGUGACGUUACCCGGCAUGACUGUCAGGGACUUCACGAGAAAGUAUGAGCUUCAAUUCGAAGACGGUGUUAUUAUAUCGGCUAGUCUUACUAGUCAGGGAGAACAAGUUGACGACACUUCGUUAUUUGCUGAUUGCGAGAAUCUUUCUAAUUACACAGUAGUACCGGAUCACCGCGGCGGACAACUACGCUCUCGCCUGCUCAAACUCGACACUUAUCCAUCUAUCGGAUGGGAGCCACAUCGCACAACUAUCUUCAACGUUUACAUGCUCAAUUCGAAAGCAGCUUGCGACCUAUUUGGUACGCCCAGGUUUGAAGGGAUUGACAAAGAAGAAGAGAGGUUGCAUGGAGUCGAUGGCAUUCUCGUAAAAUUCGACCCCGAACCAGCAUCAACAAGACCCCUGGUACCGUUUCGUAGAGUACCGCAACCCCUCGAGAUCUAUUGA